AUGUCUGAAAAUUCCAGUGACAGUGACUCGUCUUGUGGCUGGACUGUCAUCAAUCAUGAGGGUUCUGACAUAGAGACGGUGACUUCGGAAAAUGGAAGCACAAAUGAUAACCACGAGUGUGUUUCAGAAGAAUAUGUUUCUUUGCAAGAAGAGGAGCAACCAAUUGAUUUGCAAGCUCAGUGCAGCAAUGAUGGAGAGAUACCAGUGGCAGAAAAUACUCUCUCUGCUUCUGAGGAAGCUCAGACAGAUCCAGAGAAAGAAAAACUCCCUGAUGAUGGGACCUGCAUUGGAGCUAUUAGUGAUGAUUCUGACAUUGUUACGCUUGAAGCUCCAAAACCAGAAGAAACUCACAGUCAGGAGGAAGCUCCAGCUGACGGCGAAGAAGCUCAGAGUUCAGAGGAUUUUAACAUGGGCUCCUCCUCUAGCAGUCAAUAUGCAUUUUCCCACCUAGAAACUGUUUUUCCAUCUCAGGCUAGCAAUGAUGAAUCAAGCAGUGAUGAAACCAGCAAUCAGUCCAGUCCCACAGUACGAAAACGUCGGGCUAAGAAGAGGCUGAUCUCUGGCUCCGAGGCAGAGGGUGGGCCACCUGCUGAAACGGAGCCUGAACCUCCCAGAGAAGAGCAGCACAAACGCCAGUUCAGCAGUGGCCUUAACAGAUGCAUCAUACUGGCUUUGGUGAUUGCAGUCAGCAUGGGCUUUGGACACUUCUACGGUAAACCUGAAG